CCUAAUGAUCACAGAGAUUUUAAACUUAAAAAAUCUUUCUUCCAUUCCAAUUCACAUCAAUUCUACAAUCAUUCAAGUCGAGUGCUCUGUUUUCCCCUGUUUCUAACCAUUCAACACUAACACCUACAACAAAUCAACCAUCAUGCACCCAAACCAUCCACACAAUGACACUGGAUCAUCUCUAUCCAACCUAAUUAUAACCACCCAGAAUGGCUGCAACACCUUAGAUUCAAUCUUCACACAAAGUUCAUCACCGAUAUCCGAAUCCAUUCGUCAACAAGUCGGCUCUUCGGUUUACCUAAAACAGAGAGAUUUACUCCAGAAAUUCUCAGAGCAAAACAUGGGGAAGUUUGGAAAUUCAAUUUCCCCGAAUUCGACCGCAAUCGGGUUCUCUUCGGUUUCGGAUUAUUAUUCAAGUCCUUGCAAGAAGCUGUACAGGGGAGUGAGGCAGAGACAUUGGGGGAAAUGGGUGGCAGAGAUCCGAUUACCUCAAAAUAGAGUGAGGGUUUGGUUGGGGACUUAUGAGACGGCUGAAGCGGCUGCUUACGCGUAUGAUCGGGCUGCGUAUAAGCUGCGAGGGGAGUACGCGAAGCUGAAUUUCGCUAAUUUACAGGACCCGUGUCGGUUAGGUUUGAUUGGAGAUGCAGAGAGGUUGAAUGCUCUGAAGACUGCUGUGGAUGCUAAGAUACAAGCAAUUUGCCAGAAGGUUAGGAGAGAGAAGGUUAAUAGAAAGAAGAAUAAAAAGAAGAGAGAGAGUGAAAGUGAAAGUGUUGGUUUGAAAAGUGAAUCUUGUUGUUCUGUUGCUUGUGUUGGAAGUGAGUUGGUUUCGUCGGAAAACGGGGUUUGGAACGAGGAGAGUUCGCGGUGUUUAGCGUCGGGUGAGUUGAAGGGGGUCGUGAUGAGUGAGUCGAAGUUUGAAGGGUGCUCGCUUGCGCGUUUGCCUUCGUAUGAUGCCGAGUUAAUUUGGGAAGUUUUAGCUAAUUAAGGUUUUUAGUAUGUGUAGCAAAUUAGGGCCUAAUCAACCAAGUUGUGAUUUAGAACAUGCACUAAUUGUGGAUAACUUUUAAGUUAAAGUCUCUUGAGUUUAUGUUUAGAUCUCACAAUUAUAUAAGCCAAGUGAAAUACAUAUAUGAUAUAUUGUCACUUGUGAUUUCAA